AUGGGAUUAGAAAAGGGCCGUCUAGUACCUUUUAGCAGAGGUAAAACAAUGACUCCGCUUUCGUUUUUCUCCGUACUACUAGUUUUUCUACCUUUUGUCUACCUUCAAGAGUACCGUUUACCAACAACUGUAGUACCGUCACAUUAUGCAUUGUCCUUCACGUUUAACCGACAAGUAUUUACUGGAACUAUAUUCGAGUUCAGUGGAUCGACGGUUAUUACAAUAAGAACAACAGAAAGUGUAACUAAUAUUCAGUUGCAUGCAGAUCCAUCGUUCAUUCGUAUUGAAGCCAUCGCUUUGGAUCAGGGUGGCGAAGUUGAUAGCUACAAUAUGAAUGAUGUUACUCAAAUUUUAACAAUAACUACUAAAGCAGCUCUAACUCCCGAAAUCGAAUAUAAGCUAACCAUAACUUACAAAGCGGACAUCAGUACCAAAGAAAUGAUAGGACUUUAUCAAAGUACGUAUCAAGAUGUCAGCCAAGCUACAAAUUAUCUAGUGGCUACCCAAUUUGAGCCUACAUACGCUAGAAGAGUCUUCCCUUGUUUUGAUGAGCCGUCCUUUAAAGCAACUUUUCAAGUCAGUUUCACUCUUGGACCAAAUAUUAUUCCAAGGACAAAUACGAAACUUGAAUCAUCUAAUCAGAUAACACCAAACAUUCUUCAAUAUACAUUUGUGACUACUCCAGUCAUGUCAACAUACCUGCUGUCUUUUGUUAUAUCAAAUUUAGACUGUAGCGAAGCUUUUACCAUAAAUGGAGUAGAAAAUUCUGUUUGCUCUAGACCAGACACUGCGAAUUUCAGAGGUUGGGCUGUGGAUAUUGCUCCAAAAAUACUUGCAAGUCUUGGUGAGUACACCCAGUUGGACUACAACUUGGCUAUGAACAAAAUGGAUUAUGUUGCGGUUCCUGAUUUUUCUGUCGAAGCUAUGGAAAAUUGGGGGCUUUCUACUUAUAGGGAACAAAACUUACUAUAUGACCCUGAACAUUCAACAAAUAUCGACAAACAAAAUGUAGCUACACUACUUGCACAUGAAAUAGCUCACCAAUGGUUUGGCAACCUGGUAACUUGCAACUGGUGGUCAGAAACAUUUUUGAACGAAGCUUUUGGUGACUACUUUGAGUAUUUUGCUGUACAUAUGAUCCUACCUGACUGGCAACUGGACAAACAGUAUGUAGUCAACAACGUUCAGAAAGCACUGAGGGCCGACGAAGGGAACCUACCAGCGCUACAGAGCUCUGUAUCAACUCCUGUAGAGAUUUUAGGAAGAUUUAAUGUAGUUUCCUAUACUAAAGGAAGCAGUAUUCUGCGAAUGGUAGAACAUAUUUUGGGAUCAGAAAACUUUAAAGCUGGGAUAUACCAUUAUCUUAACAGUUACAAAUUUAAAAAUACUGCGUCAAGCGAUUUGUGGAGAGGUUUCCAAGCUUAUUUAGACAAUUCUUAUUCCAUUUUACCCAACUAUCUAAAUUUGGGAGACGUGAUGAACAAUUGGGUCGUACAAUCAGGAUUUCCGUUACUAACGGUUACGAUUAACGGAGAAAAUUUACAGAUUCAACAAAGAAGAUUUGGCGAAACAGGAAGUGACGAUAAUACCAAAUGGUACGUCCCUAUUACGUUCAUCACUUCUGGCACAUCUGGAGUGCCAGCGACUCGUCCAAGCUAUUGGUUAACUCCCCAGGAAAACGUAGCCUUUCAGUUGCCGGAAGGUGCUGAAUGGAUUAUCGUUAACAAUCUUCAAACAGGGUACUAUAGAGUUAAUUACGACACCGCUACCUGGAAUAAGAUUGAAGAAGUAUUCAAAAGCGACAAUUUCGGCAGCAUUAAUGAAAUUACUAGAGCACAGAUAGUAGAUGACUUGUUCAGUCUUGCCAACAUAGGAGAAAUCAGCUAUUCCAGAGUUUUGCAGUUUUUGGAGUUCCUAUCUGAAGAAACUUCAUAUUUUACAUGGACGUCAGCUUUUAACGGCUUUCAAUUUAUCUUUGACAGACUUCAAAAUCAGUCCAAUUUAACUGAAACUAUUACGACUAAUGUUUUGUCUCUCAUGGAUAAAUUGUACCAAUCUACAUCAUUUGAUGUUAUAGAUGACGAUAAUCAAGUGUUUACUCUUAAAAAAAUGCUGACAUUUAGCUGGGCUUGCCAAUUGCGCCAUCCUCAGUGUCUCGUAAUGGCACGUGCUUUGUUCUUGUCCUAUAAAUUGGGUGGAGUAAAACCAGAAAAGAACUUGCGUAGCACAGUAUACUGUACAGCUCUGCAGACGAGUUCAGAAAGAGAAGAUUGGGACUUUUUGCUUAGGGUUCAUAACGAGGCCGACCUUGAUUCGGAGCGCCCUCUUUUGCUCAAAUCUUUAGCUUGUACACAAAAUAAAGAGCUUCUACAAGAAUUGUUGUUGCUGACUAUUGCUAGCGAUUCUCCCAUUGCUCGAGAAGAUUGUAUAACAGUUCUGAAGAGCGUUGCUGAUAAUUUAAAUGGGGCAGAACUAGCGUUUGAUUUUGUAAUUAAUAAUUACAAUAAUAUUAUCCAAAGGUACCAAGCUACGAAUACUAUUGCCCAAAUUUUAGAAAUAAUUAGUGGUGCCAUUUCAACUGAAGAACAACUGGAUAAGUUUCGAGCUUUCAUCAAUGGUGAUCAAUUACCCAAAGACUACGUUAACGAUGGUGAAAGGGCACUGGAAAUUGCGCAGAAAAACAUGAACUGGUUGGUAAAAUACGAAAAUGAUCUAAUGAAUCACUACUAUCCACAACCAGACCAACCAGAUCCCUCACCAAUUACGGGAGAAGGCGUUGCGAUAGUUUCGAAUGGUUUAAUUAUUGGAUUGAUAGUAUCAUAUUUAUUACUUUAAUUUUUAAUUUAAAUAAUAAGUUAAAUAAAUAAAACAUUUAGUGAGAAAUAAACGAAUUAUGUAUGUUA